UUGAGCUUUAAAAGUGAUUACAGUGAAAUUACAAUUAGGAUGUGUAUGCAGAAUAUGUACUUAGGGCCUUACCUCUAUACCUUGUGUAGUAAAUUAUCUGUAUACUGGUAGAGAUGUGUUAUGUUUAUUACAUGAAUUUCCCCUCUCCUCAUUCUGUAAUUUUCUGGAUAAUUAUCAUACAAAAUUAUGUAAUGUACAGGUUAAUAAUAUAAAUGAUGAAUUGUCACCAAGGACUUCACUGCUUUUGCAUAAGUUAACAGACCUCCAUGUAUGUGCUGGCAAGACAGAGCUUGGAUUGGUUCCUUGAGAACAAACUUCUAGCCACUUAAUAUCUGGAACAGCCAUUAGUGGAUGGUUCCACCCUUAUUGAAGACCCCAGGAUUCACCAGCUGAGUCAAGCUUCAGGUACAGUAAACAUGGGCAAGAGUACAACAAUAAUCCCACGCAAAGCUACAGAUAAAGCAUUGUUUCUUUUCAUGGUAAUAGGCAUACCAUUUGGAGUCUUCUGGCUGGGAUUUGUUAUACUGCCGCAUUACCAUGAUGAGUUGAACUCCAGUGUAGUGAUGCACAUUAUUGCAAUGGUAUUUGUCACCUACAACAUAUUCCACAAUCUUCUCCUUGUAAUAAGGACAGAUGCCAGUGGAAGAACCUCCUUUCUGCCUUCUGUGCUCAAACCUGGUUGGAGGUAUUGUGCAAUUUGUCAAGUGAAUUACCCUCCGAGGUCAUAUCACUGCCACACAUGUGAUGAAUGCAUACUAAAGAGGGAUCACCACUGCAAAUUUACAGGUUGCUGUGUUGGCUACCAUAACCACCGUUACUUUUUGAUGGGAAUCUUUUAUAUAUUUAUAGGAGCUUUGUAUGGAAUUUACUAUCAGUGGGAGUAUGUGUAUGAAACGAUAAAUCUCCCAGUCAUAUAUUUUUUCCUCUGUUUACUUGCUCCACAUUUUGCUCUUCUGUUUGGAGCCAUAAAUUUGUGGGGUGUCCUUGUAGCUACUUUGCACACACUUGGUCUUGCCACUCUCCUAAUGGUGUCGUACUUAUUACUGAUGCAGGCUAAGGCAAUAUGUCAGGGGCAGACUCAGUAUGAGAUGAAGCACAACAUACACGACUACAAUCUGAGUUUGCGCCAGAAUAUUGUUGAUGUGUUGGGCAGGAGAUGGAGAAUUGCUUGGAUUUCCCCCUUUAUACCAUCACCUCUCACUGGGGACGGUUUGAAAUUCCUCAGGGCAACUGAGUAUGAACCACCAAAGGAUAUAUAACCCUUGUGUUUAGCAGUCCAAUACUAUAAAGAAAACUAUACUAAUGAGAAUCAUAGAAUAAACAUGAGUAAAUGUGAAAUAGGUAUUUGAUUAUAUUGUUAAUAUUGAACAGGACAAUCAAUUUUAUUGUUGAAAUUGAUCUGUCUAUGAAGCAUAAUUAGUGCCAAGCAUGUGUACAAAUAGCAUUUGAUAUGUGGAGAAAUAAUUGUAGUUUUGUAGUGCAGAGUAUGCAUUAUUUUCUAAAUGGAUGAAUUAUGUGUGAUUUGUGAUAUUAACCAGCUAAUAUUAGAUAGUGUAUCUUUAUGGCUCAAAUAUAUCUGAAGUAAUGUUGCUCAGGCAAGUAUAUAUUGCUUGUAUUUAUGUAAUGUAGUGUUAUAGCAUGAAGCCAUUUUAGGGAAAAUGAGAAAUCUUGCAGAGUAAAGAACUAAGUAAACACUAGAUUAGCAUGGGUAAACAGUUUAUGUAAUGACAAGACUUGUUUAUGAAGCUUUCUUUUGAACCUACCUGUGAAAAUAUAUGCCUCUUUCAUUGGGUGCUACAAUGUGCAUUAUUAUGUGAAUUGAUUUUCUUUGGUUGAAUAUUUUCAAAGGAUGUGGGCUGUGAAUAGAAUUAGUAGUUAAAAUGUAGGAACACAGAUUUGGUUACUACAUGGCUAGAUUUAUAUAUAGAUAUACAAUUAACAAUGCCAAUGUGUUUUUCCUUUAUUUAUAUAUUGAGGAUAGAUAGAAGUCAGUUUGCAUGAGUUUGAUGAACUACAUAGCCUCUGACUUAACCCAUUGGUACAUUAUCUACUUUAGUUUUGUUUUGUCAAUUUUGUUUACAUAUAGAUAGCUUCACAAGCACUUUGCCAUCAAGGAGGUAGUUACUAGGCCUAACUAACCACAUCUGCUUAGCCCAGUACUUGAUUUUUGGGAUUUUUUAUUUUUUUUAUUUCCAGUACUUAUAAUUGGCAAUUAUUAUAGUUAUCAAUGUUGUUAUGAAUAUUAACACUAUUAUAUCAACAUUACUAACUGUAAUACAAAGUAUCCCUCCCCCCAAAAAACAAAAAAUCAAGGAAAACAAAACUGUUGAUUUCAGGGAGGCCUCAUAAUAGAUUCCUUGCUGACUAAGUACUCAUGGUGCCAUCUCUGUGCAAACAUAGUUUAUAAAAUGAAAUUAUAGUGGAUUAUGCAAAAUGCAUAAUCCAACAAGAGUGGUUCUUAUGCAUUGUCAUAGGUUUGGUUACUAUACUUUCUACAAGUUUCAUAUGCAUUAUACUACAAAGCAGCUGUUAUGGUUAAAAGAUGCACUGUAUAGGUGUUACUUCUUCUAGCAGCAUAAUCUUAGGAUUAAGCAUUCCUAGAAAUAAAUACUGUAGUUUAAUAUUCCACCCUCCUUUAAGGGCAAUUUACUAUCAGGUGUCAAUUUCCAGUGGAAAAGAGUAAUCCUGUUAUAUCUCUUUCCGCCAUAUUUAGAUGGGCACUGACUAAUUCUGGAAUUUUGGAAUUAAUUAGCAUUUAAAUUGACUAUAUUUUCUAGUUAAUCAAGUAAAUCUCUCUUGUGUGCAAAAUUCACUUGUAUAUUUUCAAAUAUCCACAAAGCAUCUCUUGAUUUAAUUGAAAAUUUGAAGUAUGUAUACAGGAGAGCACAGGCCCGAUUACUGCAUGGACCUGCUCAAGACUCCUUUUUUUCUCUUCUUGUAGACCUUAGUUUGGACUUAUACUAUUUUUAUUAUGGAUGAUAUGAUUAGUGCUAAGUAUUCAAUUUAUUUUUGUGAUUGAAGAUUUGUAACACACUCACACUCACACUCACACACUCAUACUCAUACUUAUACUCACACUUAUACUCACAGUCAGACUCACACUCACUCACAGCUCAGACACACAUGCUCAGACUCGCUCACACU